AAUUAUUGAUUUUUUUUAUAUUCUUCAAUCAAGCAGGAAGGAAAUAGCAUACAAAUUAUUGUUUUUAAUUAAUUUUUCUUAGGUGGAAAGGCUUGAGAUGAAGAAACGCAUACUGGAAUCAAAGUUCUUCUCAGUUAUAAGUGACGGGACAACGGAUUCUUCCAUCACCGAGGAUGAAAUUGUGUAUUUGCGCCAUGCAAAAGAUGGCCAGACAUACUUGGAGUUUGUUGCUGUUGUUGGGGUUGUGCUGGCUGAUGCCAAGUCCAUUACUGAUGCAAUUUUGAGUUGUCUCUCUGAUCAUCUGGACAUUUCUAGAGAAGAUAUUUCCAGAAAGAUGGUAGGGGUCGGAUCUGAUGGCGCCAGCGUGAUGCUGGGGAAGAAUAAUGGAGUGGCGACCAAACUCAAAGCUAUCAACCCAGAACUACAAGCUGUACAUUGUACAGCUCAUCGUUUGGAGCUAGCAUACAAAGAUGCUAUGAAGAAGACAACCAUCUGUAGUACUGUCAAUACAUUGCUUCUCAACUUGUAUCUAUAUUACAAGCACAGCUCCAAGAACCGCAGUGCACUCAAACAGGCAGCUGCAGCAGUAGAGGCUCCUGUAGCAAUUCCUACCAGAGUUGGAGGGACCAGGUGGCUGCCCCACAUUGAACGGGCUCUGAAGAAUCUGCUGAAAGGCUAUCGUGCACUGAUUGCUCAUCUCCAUCAGAUUCAAGUGCAGCCAGGUUACACAACAGAUGCUAGAGCCAAGGCGAAGGGAUAUCUCCGGCAACUUGGGCGUAGAAAUGUCCUCAUGUCUAUUCUCUUCCUCCUGGAUGUGGUGUCAGUGCUGUCCAAAGUGUCCCUUGUGGCUCAAAAGAAGAAUUCCACAUUGGCGGAAGUGGCAGCAGCAAUAGAAGAUGCUAAGACCACUCUAACAAAGUACAGAGACAGGAUGUCUUCACCAAGCAUGCUUGAGUUUGACAAAUACUUUGGGCAAAUAGAAAUUGAAGAAAAUCUAACAGGAGACGGCAAUAUUGAUGGAGGAAUUAGGACUUUGAUUGAUGAUCUUCACACCAGUCUUGAAGGCAGAUUCCAUGAUAUGUCAGAGGGAGUCCUUGAUGCCAUGAGGAUUACCAGCUUCCACUUCUGGCCAGAAGAAAAUGACAAUGCGUUUGGAGAUGAUGCUGUUCGUGUCCUGGGAGAGCAGUUCAAGAAUACUCUUGAGAGGGCUGAUGUGGACGCAAUGAAGCUAGGCGUGGAGUGGGAUCUGCUGAGGGCAAGACUGUACUCAAAGCAUUCCAAAAAGGGCCAAUGCUGGAGUGAGAUCAUACCAGGAAUGAAGGAUCACCUGCCAAACAUUUGUGCUCUACUGGAUCUUAUCCUGGCUAUCCCUGCAAGCUCAGCAGAUGCUGAACGAGGAUUCAGCCGACUGAAUCUUGUAAAAACCAACCUAAGGACUGCUCUGUAUGAUGAUAGGGUAACAGAUCAAUUGAUAAUUAUGCUUCAUUCACAUGAAAUAAACUUGUUCAAUCCAGAACCCUGUAUCAGCCUAUGGCAGUCUGGGGGUGUCAGGUCAAGACGCCCAGACAGAAGUAGUACCCCUCAUCGUGAGCAACCUGAUUCUUCCUCUUCAGACAGUGAGCCUGAGGUCAUGAUGGAAGGGGAUUCUGAAUAAAUUAAAGGUUUAAAGGUCAAGUCCACCUCAGGUAAAUAUUGAUUUGAAUCAAUAGAGAAAGUCAAGCAAGCAUAGCACUGAAAAUAUCAUCAACAUAAGCUGUAAAAUAAGAAAGUUCUGACAUCUUAAAACUUUUGCUUAUUUUUCACAAAGAGUUAUAUGCACAAGUCAGUCAGUGAUAUGCAUCUGUGAGAGUUGAUAAUGUUCCUCAGUCACUCUUAUUCUUUAGUAUAUGAGUGACAUCGUCAGUCCCCUGUUUGCAUACAGAGGGAAGUGCUUCUGUUUUGUUAAAUUAAGCUAAAUUUGAAAAUGUCAUAACUUUCUUAAUUCAAAUCUAAUUGUUGAGAAAUUUUCAGUGGUAUGCUUUUUGUAAUUUUCUCUUUUUAUUCAAUCAUAUAUUAUCAUCUUUUGGUUUGGAUGGACUUGUCCUUUAAAUUGAAUCAUGUGACCAAAACUUGCCAUUAAAGAAAGAAAACAUGGUCACCCAGUGAUAAGUGGAUCAUUGAGACUUGAAGUAUGCCUGCCUCUUCGUCUAACACGUUGCAUAUUAAACACAAGGUCAAGAGCUUUCUUAUAACAUUGAUUUAUUGGACUUGAAAUUAAACCAAAGGUUUCCAAAAGUGUAAUUCUUGAUUAGGUGAAGAUAAGUCUUAUUUAAUAAAGAGACUGAAUAUUUGAAGUAAGAUUAAUAUAGACCUGUUUGAUCAGAUUCUACUUUGUAACUUUGAUUAAACUAAAGGAUGAUACAGGGUUCUGCUGAGAUUUGAUAGUACGUCUGUCUCUUGGUCUGCAUUUUGCAUAUUUAAUUAAACAAAACAAGGUCAAGAGUUUUCUUAUAACAUUCAUUGACAAAUGAUUCAUGAGACAUAUUUGCACCAAAAGUUUCCAAAUGUGUAAUUCUUGAUGAGGUGAAGACAAGUCUUUUUCAAUAAAGACACUGAAUAUUUGAAAUAAGAUUUUAAACAUUUAUUUUGUCAGAAUCUCACUUUGAAUAAAGGCUGAUACUGUUAUUG